AUGUGGAGGAGCCUGUGCAAACCUUGCACGUCCCUGGCUCUGCUUGGACUCUGUUUUGCAAUGGUCGUCAGAUCUCUGCCUUUCUCUGAUGCAGGGCCACAUGUGAACUAUGGCUGGGGGGAACCUAUUAGAUUAAGGCACCUAUACACAGCCAGCAAACAUGGUCUGUUCAGUUACUUCCUGAGGAUCAACAGUGAUGGCAAAGUGGAUGGCACCAGCAUUCAGAGUCCCCACAGUCUGCUAGAAAUCAGGGCUGUGGCAGUUCGCACGGUGGCGAUCAAGGGCGUCCACAGUUCCCGGUACCUCUGCAUGGAAGAAGACGGGAAGCUGCAUGGACUUCUCAGGUAUUCUACAGAAGAUUGCUCCUUUGAAGAGGAGAUACGCCCAGACGGCUACAAUGUAUAUAAAUCAAAGAAAUAUGGAGUCUCUGUGUCUUUAAGUAGUGCCAAACAAAGACAACAAUUCAAAGGGAAAGACUUUCUUCCAUUGUCUCACUUCUUACCUAUGAUCAACACCGUGCCUGUAGAGUCAAUGGAUUUUGUGGAAUAUGGUGAUUAUAGUCAUACUUUUGAAUCAGAUCUCUUCUCUUCACCUCUUGAAACUGACAGCAUGGACCCCUUUGGAAUCACCUCUAAAAUAUCUCCAGUGAAGAGCCCCAGCUUUCAGAAAUAA